CUGGCCCGGCCGCACGCGGGCUGUGGCCGAGCACUCACCGGGGCCCGGACGGGGCGGGAGGGCAGGGCGCGGUCGCAGCGCCGCCGAGCUUCCCGGGAGCGAUCGGAGACCGGCGAGCGAAGGGCUCCGAGGAGCACUGGAGAUGUCCUGUCCGCGCCUCUUCCUGCUCAGAUACCUGUUCCCGGCCCUCCUGCUUCAUGGGCUGGGAGAGGGUUCUGCCCUCCUUCAUCCAGACAGCCGAUCGCAUCCUAGAUCCUUAGAGAAAAGUGCCUGGAGGGCUUUCAAGGAGUCGCAGUGCUAUCACAUGCUCAGACAUCUCCACAAUGGUGCACGGAUCACUGUGCAGAUGCCGCCUACAAUCGAGGGCCACUGGGUCUCCACUGGCUGUGAAGUAAGGUCAGGCCCAGAGUUCAUCACAAGAUCUUACAGAUUCUACCACAAUAACACAUUCAAGGCCUACCAGUUUUACUAUGGCAGCAACCGGUGCACAGACCCCACCUACACGCUCAUCAUCCGGGGCAAGAUCCGCCUCCGCCAGGCCUCCUGGAUCAUCCGAGGGGGCACUGAAGCUGACUACCAGCUGCACAAUGUCCAGGUCAUCGGCCACACAGAGGCAGCAGCCGAGAAGCUCAGCCAUCUGGUGAACCGCACCUGCCCGGGCUUCCUGGGAGCCGGGGGCCCCUGGGUGCAGGAUGUGGCCUAUGACCUGUGGCGGGAGGAGAACGGCUGUGAGUGCACCACAGCCGUGAGCUUUGCCAUGCACGAGCUGCAGCUCAUCCGGGUGGAGAAGCAGCACCCACAGCACAGCCCAGACCACCUGGUGGAGGAGCUCUUCCUCGGCGACAUCCACACCGAUGCCUCCCAGAGGACGUUCUACCGGCCGUCCAGCUACCAGCCCCCGCUGCAGAAUGCCAAGCACCACGACCACACCUGCAUAGCCUGUCGGAUCAUCUACCGGUCAGAUGAGCAACACCCGCCCAUCCUGCCCCCCAAGGCCGACCUGACCAUUGGCCUGCAUGGUGAGUGGGUGAGCCAGCGCUGCGAAGUGCGCCCUGAGGUCCUCUUCCUCACCCGCCAUUUCAUCUUCCACGACAACAACAACACCUGGGAGGGGCACUACUACCACUACUCAGACCCUGUCUGCAAGCACCCCACCUUCACCAUCUAUGCCCGUGGCCGCUACAGCCGUGGUGUGCUGUCCUCCAGGGUCAUGGGAGGCACAGAGUUUGUGUUCAAAGUGAAUCACAUGAAGGUCACCCCCAUGGAUGCGGCCACAGCCUCACUGCUCAAUGUCUUCAAUGGGAAUGAGUGUGGGGCCGAGGGCUCCUGGCAGGUGGGCGUCCAGCAGGAUGUGACCCACACCAAUGGCUGCGUGGCCCUGGGGAUCAAACUACCUCACACAGAAUAUGAGAUCUUCAAAAUGGAACAGGACGCCCGGGGGCGCUACCUGCUCUUCAACGGCCAGAGGCCCAGCGACGGGUCCAGCCCCGACAGGCCAGAGAAGAGGGCCACGUCCUACCAGAUGCCCCUCGUCCAGUGUGCCUCCUCUUCACCCAGAGCCGAGGACCUCUCGGAAGACAGCGGAAGCCGCCUGUAUGGCCGGGCCCCCGUGCACGAUGGCCAGGCCCUGCCACUGGCUGUGCUGACCUGCUUUUGGACUCUACCAUACUGGGACAUCCUCAGAUAGGAGUUUUUAGAAAGUUAUAUUUUUACAAGCCAGAAUUCCUUACAACUUAUAGACCUUCUUUACCAGAAGAAAAGGACAUUUAUUCUUUUGAUGCACUUGAAUGCCCGAGAGCCUUCUUUCCUUUUCUCCUCUCCCUCCCUCCCCACCGCCUCAGUCAUGAACAGCCACAGUGUUUGAAGUUUCUGCUUUGAACUCCAUCCAGCCUGAUCCCGAGUCCCUGAACGACUUCACAACAGUAAUUGCACUUUAAGACAGCAGCGUCUCGGGCCAGCCUAUUUGGUAGCAGGGACGAGAGUGAGGGCUUCUUAUUUCUGCCUCCUAAUUAUUGUAUUUCUGAGUUGAAUUUAGGAGAGGCAAAUAUCAAGCCACAGCUCUCACUGUGGGUUGCGUCUUGUCCUCCUUUGAAACUGCUUUCCUUUCUGAGUUGUAGAUGCUGGAAUUUAAUGCAGAGUUGAUCUGGGACCGUGACCCAGACACCUCUUAUUAAUAAAGAAAAGAUGGGUGUAGAUGUGUACACACAAAGACACACGGCGAAACCACUUUCACAGUCUGUAUGCAAAACCGAAGGGAAUCAAAGCUGGCAUUUCAGAAAGGCCCAGUGAGAACAGUGUCAGUAAUUAAGGUUUCAAAGUAAUUUAGGCUGUUUUUCCAGCAGGUGGCUUACCUCAGUGAAAGAAGAAGUGUUGUGGACGUGGCAGAAGUGUGGUUUGUGGUAGUGGGGAAAGCAUGCAGCUUCCCGGCCCUCUCCUCACAGGGGACCCGGGGAACAGCAAAAGCACCCCUGUCGCCAGCCACACAGGAGCAGGUACCCGGUGUGGGAUGCCACAUGACCAACAGCACAGGUGCCCAUUCAUUGCAGUUUCGUUUUAGAAGGGGACAUGAGCCCUGAGUGUCACUGGGGGUGGGCAGAAAGAGCUGCCUUCCACCCACACGCAGGAGCACACACGCAGACAGACACGGCUGCUGGCGAGGCCGUGGGUCGGUCUGUGCUGUGCAGUGCCGCUCUGUGUGAGUCCAGCUUGUCACUGGACAUGCUGGCUGGUCUCAGUGUCCCUCCUCCGGUGACUUGGCUGUGUGCCCUCGGUGAGUUUCAGGGUCACCCUUCGCAGGUCUGCUUCCAUCUUGGAGGUUGGAAGCUCAUUCUUUUGGAGUACGGCUAAUGGUACCAUCUCACACCAAGUGUCAUUGCUAAAAGGGACCAAUGGAGGGAAACGGUGAGCGCCUAUAAGCCCAGAUGGGACUAAAAGCAAAAAUGCAAACGGUGGUUGAGGGUAGGAGUCAUCCUCGCAUGUAAGAAUUAACUUUCUGAAAUGCUGCCCCCUUGGUGCUGGUAGGUCAUGAGGAGACACGGAGCUCUCAGAGCGCUUUCUAUUCAGGUUCUGUUUUAAGAAGUGCUUACUGAGGAGGCGCAUUCAAGACGCAAAUGCUAACUUAAUGUCUGAAUAAACAAAGAUGUCAGAAUGCUCUCA